AAGUCCUCUCCACACGUGAGCUGCUUGAGUAUGAACCGACGUUCCUUCAAGCUCAGGUAAAUCUGAUUUGUUCCUCUGACAGAACGUGCAGCAAAAACACUCAGCGGGUCCAUUCUUGGAGAGUCAACAAACAGGAGUUCCAUUUGAUUUCACGUAAAGUUUUCAUUUUAUUUUACAAGAAUUAAUCCAAAGAAUAGAUGCAACACUGCAGGCUGACACAUUCAGCCCAGCCUGUCCAGGCCUCAGCAUGCCGCAGCAAGCAGCGGAGCGUCCAUGAGAACCCGUCUGCUGUGUUGUUAAUUAUCCUCAUGGGUUCUGGUCUCGUCCUCCUGACAGCUGAGCACCAGUCGGGCACAACCACAACGAUAAAUACAACAAAACAAAAAGUGGCGUUUUAUUUUUCACAGAAACGGCAGCCAGAGCCAGGUGGUGCAGCGGAGUUCUCAAAUGAUAGAGGUCACAGUUAGUGCAUCAGAACGAAUAGUUCAUCUCAGAACUCCAAAGGAAACAACCGCGGGAAAAUUAAUGGAUUUGUGCGUUAAAAUGCUUGGAGUGAGCGACGAUCAGAGCUCAUUCACAUUAAAAGAAAAGCAAGAUUCACCAGAUGAGCUCUGCCCUGAUCAGCAGAUCGGGACCAUACUGACAUCAGAAAACAAAAAUCUGGAGCUCUACAUGUGUAAAACGGAAAGACAGCAGAGUUCUGCUUCAAACAAUAGUCCCGUAAUCAGCAGCUCCUGUGAGAAAAGUGACAGAAAGGAGGACCAACCCGCUAAAGAAGACAGAAUCAGGGAGCUGAACCAACAGGUGGACUCCCUACAAAAUGUUGUCCUUCAGAUCCAGGAGCUCCACCAUGGCCUGGUGUCCUUUUGUUCAGAGUUGAAGCACAUGGACACCGAGGUGAGCAUGGACGGGCUCGACUCUGCUGGGCUGAGAAAUAAACUGGAGACGGUUAACUGCCAGCUGAACGAGAAGAGGCACAACCUGCAGACCCUCAGAGACGAUAAGAACAACUUCACAGCUCACAAGAACAAACAGUUGGAGGUCCGUCUUUUGGAAAAGAUCAACAUCAACUGCCAGGUGUUCAAGGAGGAAAUUGCCAUCGUGCACUUAAAUCGUCAGGCUGCUCAUCUCCAAAACGCUCUGCAGGAAAGCUGUGCAAAGGAACAAGCUGAAAAACAGACUUUAGCUGCGAGUAGCCUGAGUCGGCUCGUAUCUCCGGAGUCUCCCGCUUUGCUGAUGGUCAUCCAGGAGAACCAGAACCCUGAUGGCCAGUUUGGCUUUACAUGUCACUGCAGAGAAGGAGGAGGACUGGUCGUGGUGGAGGUGGACGACUCCCACCUCUGUGUGGACGACAGAUUGGUGGAGGUGAACGGCGUGGCCGUGGUGAACGCUACACUCGAGAAGCUAAAUGAUCUGCUCCUGCAUGCUCCGUGCGCUCAGAUUGUUGUCCUUCGCAGACUCCCACCCACUCCGGCCUCCUCUUUGUUGCUGCAGCCCAGGGUCAGCUCCGGUCCUGUACAAACACCCUGUUCUAGAAGGGAUGUGGUCGCCAUGGAAACCCUUCCACAACGUAAAGUGAUGGCCAUAUAAUGCUGAGUGGAAUGAAGAUGA